CAGCACCUUAGCUUUCAUUUAUAUGUUACUAAACCCAGGGCCCUGCAUUCACUAUAUCUGGUCUCCCAGGACCCUGCAUUCACUAUAUCUGGUCUCCCAGGACCCUGCAUUCACUAUAUCUGGUCUCCCAGGACCCUGCAUUCACUAUAUCUGGUCUCCCAGGACCCUGCAUUCACUAUAUCUGGUCUCCCAGGACCCUGCAUUCACUAUAUCUGGUCUCCCAGGACCCUGCAUUCACUAUAUCUGGUCUCCCAGGACCCUGCAUUCACUAUAUCUGGUCUCCCACAGUACACAGAAUAUAGAAAUGCAAUUAUUUUAG